AUGGAAACCAAGGUCAAAGGGUUGCAAAAAGCCGCCAAUAUUGAACUUGAGAACUCUAGGCUUGAAGAGGCAACUCAGGAACUUGAGAAGAUCCGAGCGCAGUUGCCUCGCAAAGAAUAUGCAUUUUACCGCACGGUAUCGAUGUUCGGUCCUUAUAUGAAGUCUCAUUAUCAUCUUCUAAGACAAAUCCCUACAUGGAGCUGGUUGAGGAUUGUUCAGAUCAACUUGGAUGUUGCAGUCGAUACUGUAGUUGUUGCAAGCAAAGAUCUAUUUCAAAAAGAAAAAAUGGCAAGGGUCAUUGCACCACAGAGUGUUCGUGCUGUGCAACAUAUCGAGGCUUUGACCUCCCCGAAGAAGAGAAAGAAGACAUCAAGAAAGACUUGA